GGAUAGAUAGUAUGGAGUCCCAGGAAAUACAACAGGAAUAAUACUGAGAGCAGUAUUGAAAAGCUGAUUGAGGCCAUGGUCUUGAGUAGUAACACAUCUUGGGGCAUGGAGAUGAGUUAUGAAAAGCUGAGAGCUUUUUUCAGAGAGUUUUUUCAGUUAUGAAAAACUGAGAGCAGUUUGAAAAGCUGAUUGAGGCCGUGGUCUUGAGUAGUAACACAUCUUGGGGCAUGGAGAUGAGUUAUGAAAAGCAUUUAGUCCCUUUCGUUCCAUCUGUGUUUCAAUAUUCCAGGGUCGUAAGAUGAUAAGAGAGGGAGUUAAAAGCAAAUGUUUAUAGGCUAUUAUAAUCAGAUUUCUUUAUAAUAAAACUUUCUUGUUCCACAGCUGUUGGAUAAGCACAAGAAUACAGAAAGCAUGGUUGAGCUUCUGGACUUGUAUCAAAUGGAGGAUGAAGCGUAUAGCAGCCUUGCAGAAGCCACAACUGAACUAUAUCAGUAUUUACUACAGCCGUUCCGAGACAUGAGAGAACUUGCCAUGCUACGGAGACAGCAGAUAAAGAUUUCUAUGGAGAAUGACUAUCUGGGUCCCCGAAGAAUUGAAAGUCUACAAAAAGAAGAUGCUGAUUGGCAGCGAAAAGCUCAUAUGGCUGUUUUGUCUAUUCAGGAUCUUACUGUCAAAUAUUUUGAAAUAACAGCUAAAGCACAAAAAGCUGUGUACGAUCGAAUGCGAGCAGAUCAGAAGAAAUUUGGUAAAGCAUCGUGGGCAGCAGCUGCAGAACGAAUGGAAAAGCUCCAGUAUGCUGUUUCUAAGGAGACUUUGCAGAUGAUGAGAGCAAAAGAGAUCUGUUUGGAACAGAGGAAACAUGCACUAAAAGAAGAGAUGCAGAGUUUGCAGGGUGGUACAGAGGCCAUAGCUCGGCUGGAUCAGUUAGAAGCUGAUUAUUAUGACCUGCAACUUCAGUUGUAUGAAGUACAGUUUGAAAUCCUGAAGUGUGAAGAGUUACUAUUGACCGCACAACUGGAAAGCAUCAAAAGACUUAUAUCGGAAAAGAGAGAUGAGGUGGUAUAUUACGACACUUACGAAAGCAUGGAGGCCAUGCUGGAGAAGGAAGAGAUGGCAGUGUCUGUGCACUUACAGAGAGAAGAGCUACAGAAACUUCAGCAGAAAGCACGCCAGCUGGAAGCAAGGCGUGGACGAGUUUCAGCCAAGAAAGCCUACCUCAGAAAUAAAAAGGAAAUUUGCAUUGCAAAACACAAUGAAAAGUUCCAACAACGCCUUCGGAGUGAAGAUGAAUACAGAGCCCAUCAUACAGUACAACUAAAGAGAGAAAAAUUACAUGAUGAAGAAGAAAGAAAAAGUGCCUGGGUUAGCCAAGAGAGACAAAGAACUUUGGACAGACUUCGAACUUUUAAACAGAGGUACCCUGGCCAAGUCAUACUUAAAUCAACCAGAUUGCGACUGGCUCAUGCAAGAAGAAGAAGCACAGCCAGUCCUGUGCCCUGUGAGGACCAGUGUGACUCUCUGCCAGGAGCACUACAGGUAGAAGAGAAAAGUGCAAAGGCAGAGGAAGGAAUAGGCGAGCUUGGGUCAUCACACAAAACAGAAGCCCAAAGCCUCGCACACCUUGAAGAUACUUCGCUAGCACAACUUGAAGCCGCUUCAUUACCUCUCAGUGGUGUUACCUCUGAACUGCCGCCCACUGUUUCUCUUCCACUUUUGAAUAAUACUGACCUCGAACCAGGUUCCGUUACCAUAGAUCCACUCCCCCCACCUCUUCCUCCAACACCACCUCCCCCGCCACCACCUCCUCCCCCUCCCCCCCCACCACCUCUGCCUGUUGCUAAAGACACCUCCCCAGAGACACUGGAGAAAGGUCUGCCUAGAACAGAGGCAAACGAGAAGAGGAUCCCCAAGUCUGCGAGUGCCCCCUCAGCACAUCUCUUUGACAGUAGUCAGCUGGUCAGUGCCAGGAAGAAGCUCAAAAAGACUGCUGAAGGUUUGCAGAGGAGGAGAGUGAGCUCACCCAUGGAUGAGGUGCUAGCUUCCUUGAAGCGUGGUAGUUUUCAUCUGAAAAAGGUUGAACAGCGAACUCUGCCUCCUUUUCCUGAUGAAGAUGAUAGUAAUAAUAUCUUGGCACAAAUACGGAAAGGGGUGAAAUUGAAGAAGGUACAGAAGGAAGUUUUGAGAGAAUCCUUCACACUUUUGCCUGACACAGAUCCUCUAACACGGAGCAUCCAUGAAGCUCUUAGAAGAAUCAAAGAAGCGUCCCCUGAGUCAGAGGAUGAAGAGGAGGCUUUACCCUGCACAGAUUGGGAAAACUAACAAGUAAAUGGUCUUAAUUUCUUUAGUAGCAUUCACUAAUAGUGGAUGAUGAGGUCUGUUCUAUUUUAUUGAUGAGGUUUAUUGUUAUAUAGCUCAGCUAUAGAAUCGACCAUAGAUCUGUAAACUUCAGGUUUUGUGUAGUUUCUAGAAACCUAACAAACAGUAAAGCACUUUUCAAAGAUAGUUAUAUAAAUGCCAGGUUUAUACCUGCUCAUUAAAAAUUUCUACAGUAUAGCCCAAAUAAAGAGGAUAGACUGAUUCCAGUAAGGUGGCAGUCUUACUCUUACUUUAAAACCCAAAAGCUCUUUCCUCACCAAAGUAUUUCAGGUACAAACUGUUAUAUAUAUUGAAUUUUGAUUUUUUUUUUUUUUAAUGUUCAUUUUGAGAGAGGGAAGAAGAGAGGGAGGAAGAGGGAAUGAGUGGGGGAGGGGCAGAGAGAGGAGGAGACACAGAAUCUGAAGGAGGCUCUAGGCUCUGAGCUGUCAUCAAAGAGCCCUAGGUGGGGCUCAGACUCAGGAACUGUGAGAUCAUGAUCUGAGUUGAAGUAGGACCCCAACCAACUGAUCCACUCAGGUGCUUGCUCCCUUGAAUUGUGAUAUCUGCUUAGCUGCCCAGAGAGGAAUUGUCUGAGAUCAAUCCAGAAAAAUUACUGCAUUGUUUGGUUAUUUAGCUUUCUAAGCCUUUAAAAUUAAGGUUAAAAUUAUCAUUUUAAGGCUUAUCAUAGUUACUGCAUAAUCCAGAUAAAAUUGCAGCUAAAAUAACAAACAUGUAAUAAGUGUAUGCAUACCUUAUUGGGUAUGCCCAUGGUAUUGGUUACACAUUGGACAUUUUCCUAAAGUAAUAGAGUUGUUACUCUACCACAUUUUAGGAAGCUAAUUACAUAGUACUGUGGCACAAAUUCUGCUAAAUAUAGAGUCAGUAAAGAUAACAUGCUAUAUAUAGUAUAUAGAGAAGUGAUAUUAGUCAUAACUGAAAUUAUAUUAUUUGUGCAAACUGUAAUGCAACUAUGCAGAUAUAUUCUAUUAAGCAUCUUAAUUGCUCUCUUGAUGGACUGUUUCUGUGGGCUUCACAAUAUUCACCAAACUGGGGAAGACUCAUAGUUCUGGAAGGGGAAUAGAUAAAGGAAUAAUAAACUUACUUAUUAGCCAGUGCUUUUUAAACAUGCCUGAUGGUAAGAAUUCCCUGAGAGAUUAUUAAAAAUGCAGAUUCCUGGCUUUCACUCCCAUGAAUUCUGAGUAGAUCUGAGGUACAUGCAGGCGUACAUGUGGAUUUUGAAAACUCCAUACAGAAAAGGUAAAGUAUGUCAUUAAGGUUUUUAUACUGAUUACAUGCUAAAAGAUACUGUUUUGGAUAUAUCAAAUAAAAUACUACUAAAAGCAGUUUCACUUGUUCCUUUUGGGCAUGGGGCCAUCAGGAAAAUUUAGAUGUUCCUGUGUUAUACUCUCAUCUGUACCACUUCCCUUCAGGAUCUACUGUCAGUAGCUUUAACAAAAUGGGGGUGAAAAAUCUCAAUAAGUGGUUAUGCUCCAGACAACAUUUGAUAGCACCAGUGUUAUGCCAUGGGUAUUGGGCUGUUGGUAUCUUUUUCCCCCUGUUAUUUAUAGAGGCCCUAAUUAUCAUGUUGUAUGAUUCAGUGUUUUCGAAUCCCAAAAUAAUUUCAAACCAUUUGUUCUUAACAUAUGUACACUAUGCUUUGUAGAAGAUAGCAAAUAUAUUGUGUAUACUCAGUGCUAGAGACUCAGGGUGUCUGACUGGGAAUCUUUUUCAGUCUUGUAGAUUGUCUCCCACUUAACAGUGCUUGUUACCUGUCGUCUUGUCUCCUGCUUGAAGCUUCUCAGUGAGCUGCUAAGCCUAUGCCUAAAACUACCAUCUUAGCACAGAUUGGGCCUUCAUAUAAGCGAGUGUUUAGUCCUUUUGAUACAGCUGCCCACAGUAGCCCAGUUGGGGUAUGUGACCCACCUGCUGUUGCUCAGGCCAGCCCAUCAUUUCUGUUUUCUGCCAUCUCACCGGAUCCUGCCCAAGACAUAGACAUUGCAGCAGCAUUUUGUAUGUCAAAGUGCCUCCAUGGUUAUUUAUAGCUUUGGACUGCUAAUUUACCCUUACAGCAGGUGUUAAGAAUAUGCCCAGGAUGAAUAUCACUUUGAAAGUUGCCUAAAAACUCUUUUUUUGGCCGAUUAUUUAUGACUGUUGUAUGUGUUAGAAUAUUGAGAGAAACAAUGAAAUGGUCCCAGAAAAUGUAUGAGCUCAGAUAUCUGCAAAGUCACUUAAAAACAAAACAAAACAAAAAACAAUGCAUCCUACACCAGAAGCAAACCAUAGACUAGUUGUAAUCCCUACCAAUUCGAGCAGGCAGUGAUAAAGGAGCUAUUCUCACUGCCUUGUCUUGUGGUCUUGGGAAAUCAUUAAAAAAAAAAAAAAAAUUUUUUUUUUUUUUAAUGUUUGUUUAUUUUUGAGAGAGGGAGACAGAGGCCAAGCAAGAGAGGGGCAGAGAGAGGAGGAGACACCGAAUCCGAAGUCAGGCUCCAGGAUCUGAGCUGUCAGCACAGAGCCCAAUGUGGGGCUUGAACCCACGAACUGUGAGAUCAUGGCCUAAGCCGGAGUCAGACACUUAACCAACUGAGCCACUCAGGUGCCCCUUGGGAAAUCAUUUUUAAAGACUGAACUUUUAGAUGGCUUCUUUACAGAUGGAUAAACAGGCUAUAAUUUGUAUUUCCUAUUAAUCAGUUUUUUGUAGAUUUUGUUUCUUUUUCAGAGAGAGAGAGAGAGCAGGGGGGAGGGGCAGAGGGAGAGGGAGAUUGAGAAUCAAUCCUGAGCAGGCUCCACACUGCCAACGCAGAGCCCAACGGCAGGGCUAGAACUCAUGAACUGUAAGAUUAUGAUCUGAGCUGAAAUCAAGAGUUGCACACUUAACUGGUCAAGUCACUCAGGCACCCCUAGUUUAAGAUUUUAAACCAUUAGCUCUUCAAAGAAGAUAAUUUCUCAGGGCCCCUGGGUAGCUCAGUUGCUUGAGUGUCCCGACUUCGGCGCAAGUCAUGAUCUCACAUACAUGGGUUCAAGCCCCGCGUCGGGCUCUGUGCUGACAGCUCAGAGCCUGGAGCCUGCUUCAGAUUCUGCGUCUCUCUCUCACUCUCUCUGCCUCUCCCCUGCUCACACUCUGUCUCUUGUUAAAUAAAUAAAUAAAUAAAAUAAUUUCUCAAAACUUCAUGAAAUAGAAAGUGAAGAUAUCCUGUUCUGCUUUGUCUUUCUUGAAAACUCUUCUUGGGAUAGCCAUAGGUAAUAGUGUCCUUGAAGGAAAUUUCUAAACGGAAUGAAAUACAUAUAUAAGCUUUUUAUUUUCUAUUUUGUUUUCUGUGGGUUCCUUCAUAAAGUUAUGAAGUAACUAUGACAAUACUGUCUGUUAGAAAUACAGUUUGAGGGAUGGAUGGAAUUUAAACAGUUCAAGUCACAUUAAAAAGGUAAAAAGAAACGUGAAAUUGAUUUCAUUAAUACUUAUUUUACAUGAUGUAUCCAAAAUCGUGUGUUUCAACAUGUUAUCGCUAUGAAAAAUUCACGAGGUAUUUCACAUUUGUUUUGUACCUGGGUCUUCAAAAUCCAGUGUAUAUUUUAACUAGUAGCACAUCUCAGUGUUGAUGAUAAGUGUUCAGUGGUUAAAUGUGAAAUGUCUUACCAAAACAAUAAGAUUAUAUUUAAUGAACAAAUAUUUUAUGCUGCUUCAGAUUUCAAUUUACAUCACAUUAAAAAUCCAUUUUCUCAGACUAGCCACAUUUCAAGUGCUCAAAAGCCACAUGUAGCUAUAGUAUUAAAUAACGUAGAACUAAUAAUGCAUGUCUGUUUUUAUCUGCCAAGUAGGUCUUUCAAAGAAUUAUUCCUAUGCCAUAUGUAAGCCAUGGAUCUCAAACACAACUAUUCUGAAACUUAAAAAGCCCUACCACAAGGAUCCCUUUAAAGACCAGUACUAAUGCUAUCCUCUAAAUAGCAAUAGAACAAAAACUCACAGUCUAGUGAAUUUUUAAAAUAUCAUUUAACAAUUCUUACUACGCUGGCAGUUUGACGCCAAUAUUUUAGACUGUUUUUUCCUUUUUACCAUAUAGUUUUGACAUAAAAUGUUAGUAGAAGAAAUAAAAGUGAAUCUACCCUACAACCUUAUGUGAUCAAAAUCCAUAUUCAGGUUAUUUUGUUUUCAUUUUUACUGUUUUAUGAAUAGAAAUGUAUCCUUUUUUUUAAAAAAGUGUCUCCUGUAUGCUGUCUCUACAAAUGGGUAUUUCUAAGCUAUUUAUCAGUGUUCAUCUGGGUGUUACAGAAGUUGUGUGGGAACAUGUAUAUACACACUGACCUUAAUAAGCCAUCAUUUUUUAAUACAUUGUAUUAUUUUUUUUCUAAACAGGUGACUCAACAGAAAGAAAAAAUUCAGUUGAAGAUCAGUUCUUACUGUUUUGGAAAACAAAAUUUUAAACAUGCGAUUUCCCAAUUGGAUUCCAUUAGAUGCAAAGUGUAUUGGCACAGUGGUGUGAAAAAACGGAGGCACAGUUGGCAAGUUAUCACUUUUCCAGUCAUUCCAGUAGUUGGUGGUUAACAUGAGUUUUAGAUGUGCAGUGCUCCUGAUGCAGUGAAGAAAAGGCCUUCUGGACAUGCCUGGUUUUUUUAAGCACCUUCCCCUCCUGUCCACCCAGUUACAUCCUUGUAGUGGCCAGUAAAGCUAGGGGUUGCUCUGAGUUGGAAGAACACUGGGUUGACAGAGAUCUACUGUGAGCUGUAUUGAGUCUGCUUUGAAAUCCAUCUUUAAGUGCACUGAAUAGUCCUCUGCUUGAAAAGACAGCACCUCUUCCAUACCAGCUUAUAUAAAUAGUGCAGCACUCUGAAAAAGAAGUGUAUCAUGAUAGCUAUAGGACAGGAAUUGGAAAGAAUCAGGUGGAAAUGCACUGAAAAUGUUCACAUUUUAAAGAUGUUCAACAUCUGAAAAGAUAACAUAACCACAGAGAUGCAUUUAAUGUGUUUACCACAACAUGAUAGAUUUACCAUGGCAUAUUUUUAAAAGACCACACACUCUUACACUUUGUAAGGUUUUGAAGUAAAAAUUUCCAUGCUUUUAAAUAGCUCUUCAUAAUUGUGAAUUUAUAAUAGUUUGAAUUUCAUGUGCAACUUUGUGUAUGAAAAGCAAUACUUUGUAACUUGAUAAUAUUUCAAAUUAUUUUUAGUCUUUUUGUUUGAACGAUUGCUUGAUUAGCGUAACGCAACAUGACUUUCCUAUUGAGAAUCAAAAAAGAGGAUUCAAUAAUAGGGAUGCUGAUCUUAAAUCUUUGUAACGGGCACAUUUAAGUUUCUCUUUGUUAUGCUCCGCAGUGAAAUGUGCUCUACAAAUAAUGCAGAAACUAGACAGGCAGAAAAGCCUUCUGGGCUGGCAUUUUACUGUCCUCACAUGUUUUGAGUGGGAUUUUGGGAGAGAGCCUUUGUUACUGUCAGGAGACUUUUUAAAACAUAGGUAUAAAGUUCUAGGUGCUGAUUUUGCUGUAUUGGAGUCCUGAAAGAUGCAUUUAUGUGAAAGGAGCCAUUAUGAAUUCUCAGCAGGACUGCUGGGGGCUUGACCGAAGGUAGAUCUGUUGGACCCAGUCUAUAGUAUUCUGUAGAGUGUAAUUCUGUAUAAGACACAUGUUGGCCUUUAUAUGAAGGGAGUUAAGGACUGAGGAACCAAAAAGAACUUUUAUUUUUUCUGAGGCAUUUCUCUGGCCUAGACCCAGAAAAGCAGUCCUAGAGUAAAAGUCCUUGAACGUGUAUAAAGUGGUUUUCAUGGAGAGAAAAAAAAAUGCUCACAGAUUUGUCCCUUUAAGAUGUUACUUCCUUUAAAAUAAUUAAGGAGAAAACUUCCUGCUUACUGAUGAGUAGGAGCUUUUGCACAGCAUUUUCACAUGUUUCAUAUUUUAUUCCUGUUUUAUUCCCACUUCUUAUCUUGGAAGAUUACAUCUGUACACGAGAUAUAUAUUUUAAUGUUCAUCUCACAGUGGGGAGGUGAGUGUGGACCCUCCCCUCCUCCCGUUUCCUUCAGUACAGAACUGAAGCAUUCUUUUCAACCAAAGACUGAUUGGUUUGAUUUUUUUUUUUUUAAGCAAAUUUGCAAACCUUUAAAAAAUCACGUAUCAGUUUCAAACCUCUGGAUGCUUAUGGAUCAGUUCGUUUUUUCAUCCAUUGACAUUCUGAAAAAUACAAGAGAACCUAAUAUUAAACGUACAGCAAAAGCACUGGGAUUUUUCUAUGCCAGGAAUUGCUCCCCAUUUAGUGUUAGAGCUGGGAUUCCAUCAAAAGACAGGUUCUCUUAGAAAUGGGUCUUGGGACUUGUCUUUCACAGCCAUGUUCUAGUAAGUCUCUGGCAAAUAUUGGAGGGGUACAGACCCCUGUGAAUCCUUUGGAGGUGCAUCCAUACCUCUGAGCACAUCCCACUGUGGCACUCCAUGAAGGGCGUCUCACUUGAUGAUGAGCAGGUUAAAGUGCGGUCUUGUUAGCAACCAGCUGUGCUUAUUCUCUGCUGAGUAACUUUUCCAGUACACGUAUCUUCUGUCCUUAAGAUUCCGAUUCCUCCUUCCACAGAAGUACAAGUUAGUACAGAUCACCAUCCUUUGGAGUUCUCGUAAAUAAUGCUAAAAUUUCAAAUAACUCCAGUCCAUUUGUCCAAGAUGACAUUACCAGUUGAAUCCUCGUGUUAAUUUUAUUUUCUCCCCCCAACCUGUUAAUUUUAAGGAGGUUUUGGAACCCAACAAAAUUAUGUAAGCAUGGUUAAAUUCCCCUUU